AUGUGGUAUUUGCAGAAACAAAAUGGCGAUAGGCGUAUAUACUUAAAACCACUGGUAGAGAUAAUAAUUGGCAGGAAAAGAGGAGAUCUUCUUAUACCAGAUGAUGAUUCUAUUAGCAAAACGCAUGCUUCAAUAUGCGUUCAACCUAAAAGUGAUAUAAGGUUCGAUCAACCUAUAUCAACAUGUAUAAUAAAAGAUGAAGAAUCAAGAUAUGGGACUUAUAUCAUCAAGGAAAAUCAUAAGAUUGAAAUCAGUGAGGAAGGAUAUGAGUUGAGCAGUCAGGAUGUAAUACGAUUUGGUUUACAAAAUUCUUUAUUUACGGUAACAUAUAUACCAGUAAUAUCAGUGAUAUCUACUUUAAAUGACGAAGAUAAAAGCACCCUUCAAAAUUUAAUGGAUCAGAUAGAUGGGGUGAUUUCUACUGAGUGGACAAAUAAUUGUACUCAUCUGACAGUAUCCAAAGCUACAUUAACUGAGAAGGUUACUUGGGCUCUUGCAUCUGCUAUACCUAUAGUAACUAUAGAUUAUUGGAUAGCAGUUCAGCGUGCAGUGACUAAUAAUCAAGAGCUUCCAAGUCCAGACAAUUAUAUUCCUCCAAUUGGUGAAUCUCUGGUUGAUAAAACAAAACUGUUACUUCAUCCAAACAACAAAAGAAAAACAUUGUUUUCAAACUUAAUAUUUGUUCAUUUUAGCAUGAAUCAAUACAAGAUAUAUGGAAAAAUGAUCCACCUAGCAGGUGGCAGAUCAGUGCUAUUUUCAAAGAAGCCUUUAACUCCCAAGGAGCUGUGUUCGCCAAAUGUGAUUGUAUUGCAGUAUCCUGGGGACGAUACAACCCAAUCAACACAACACAUCGUACCUGAAUAUGAUUCUAUAUAUAAGGCGUUACAAGAACAUCGCCGUAAAAUGAUACCAGAGUUCGAAAUUCCUCUUGCAAUCUUGCAUUGUUCUGUAGAGAAAUAUUGCAAUCCCAAAUUUCGAUUCUCAGAAUUUUUUAAAAUAUCUGAGACAAGACCUGAAACAAGACCGGAAAGAUCUAAAGUUAUAAUAAUCGAUACACAAGAUGUCGAUGUCGGACCAUCAACAUCAAAUGCUAACUUGCCAAGAUCUAAACAGGCGGUUAAAAUUAUUCCUGAAACGAACGAUAGUUUCAGCAGUCAAGAUUUAACGUGUACGUCACAUUUUCAAAAGUCUUUAAAAGGGCUAGUAUGCAGUACACCGGUAAAAAACAAUAAUAAACUAAAAAGUAAUUUUAACGUUAUCGCGACAGAAAGCAUUAAACAAGAUGCAAAAGCACAACAUUCUAAGGAGAAUGUUUGUAUUCCCGAGACAUGCGACUCUUUCGCUUCAAAUGCAACGUCAAUGGACUUACAGUCUUCUACCCAAAAUUCUGUCAUCCUAAGAAAUGAUAAAAAGACUGAAAAUAGUCAGUCAUUAAAAUCCCCAACGACAGCUAGUGUUAAACCUCGAAUUAAGGAAGUUGUAGAUAUAAGUCAAGAGGAUGAUAUAUUUGAAAAAAUACAGUCAACUACAAAGAAAAUUAACGCACGUUUGAAUAAAGUUCUUACAUCGAAAAGAAUAGGUAAUCUCAAAACGAAUAGCAGUCCGGUACAGCCAAAUCCAAGCAAAAUUAUUGAACAUUUAAGUGAAGUUUCUGUAUUUAAAAAAUCAGAUACUUUGUCUAAAACGAAUGAGAGUCCGAUACGCAAAACUCCAAUAGAGAAUCUGAAGGGAAACUCACAAGAAAGUACAAUUGUCGUCUGUUUAUCAGACGAGGACAGUGUAGGUUUUAAUGAAAGUAACACUGCUAAAUCUAAUACUAAUGAAGUUGAGAGUAUUGACAAAAAUGUCCGUGGAAACGCAUCGGAUUGUUGCAAAGGUAGUAUGGAUGAUGAUACUCAUAGGGAUGAGUCAAGUAUCAGCAGAUUGAAUAAAUGUUCCAAGAAAUCUAAGAGUCCCGUAAAAAGAACACUUUCAUACGAUUCAGUUGCAGAAAUGUCAAGUACAAGCAGAGCCGAACACGAAGAAAGCAUAUCAAAUAAUACUAAUCAGCAACAUCAAACUACUCUUAAUUUCAAAAGGUUUAAAAAGGCUCCAGUCAUAAUUCCAAAGAAAAGGAUUGGUCUGAGUAACAUGUACGUUUGGCAGAAGAACAUCGCAUAAGAUAUUUGACAAAGAUAUCUUUUUUCUUUUUUUGCGAAGAUAUCAAACUCUUCACAGGAAAAGACUCUUUUAAAUUUAGGUUUAUUAUGUAUCUCAAUUACAGAAAGUAUUUUUUUUUUAUAGAGAUUUAUCAGAUUAAAAUUUACGACCAAGUUGUAAUACUAAAGUAUAGUACAUUUCUACAUAAAUAUGGUAAACUACAGUAUAUCUAAAUAAACUACAGUAUAUUUCUUUAUAUCUACAACGUGGUACUUAUACCCUUAUGUUCGAACUUUAUGUGUCUUCUUAUUGUUAAUAUCAUACGUAUUUUUAAUUACUAUUUUCGAUACCAUUUUAAAACCACGU